AUUGACUACAAGGAUUUGGAUAAAAAGCCUAUAUCAUCAAAGCACCACGCUGUGUUUAAAAAAGCUAUACACCGUGAAUUUGUACCCAAAGCAAAGCUUGACCCUAAUCAAAUUAGCAAAGCGAAGCAAAACAGUGACUCUAAUGAUUGGAGACUGCUGCUCCGCCAAAACCAACCACUCCGACCGUACCUCCAAAAGAUGGAUCGAAUGGCAAACACCACAGAUCUGUCCACCCCGAUGACUAUAACCCUCGAAACCGGCGUGAAAUGUUUCCUAAAUUUAUGCCGCAUCGCGAAGUACUUCCAUUACUAGAGUCGAAGGCACUUUAUAAAGGCAGUCUUCGAAUCAAUCGACGAAACCGACAGGAUGCUUAUGUAACCUGCGACGAUCUGGAAUAUGAUAUUUACAUACACGGAGCAAUCAAUCGCAACCGAGCAUUAGAAGGAGACAUUGUUGCAGUACAACUUAAAGAUGUUGAGGAAGUAUGGGCCGUCAAGAAGGCGAAGGAUGAGAAAGACGCUGACAAGAAGAAGGAUCAGCCAAACCCAUUUGCACCGAAAGAUGAGCGUGAGAUCGAAAUCAUCCCUAAUGAAAAUGAGAGUUGUACGAAUGAUGAGGACGAUGAAGAAAGGAAAAAACCAAAAUAUUGCGGCAUCGUGGUUGCCAUCCUAGAUCGAUCCCAGGAACCUAUGUUGACUGGCACGAUAUCAUUGAAUCGUCCGGGACAAGUAGAAAGUGCACCAAAGAAGAAGAAGAAGGAUGACGAAGAAGAACGCCCACGCCCUAAACCUUCUAUGUUUUGGAUAAAGCCCACUGACAAGCGACUGCCGUUCGUGGCUAUAGGUAUACGACACGCUCCCAAAGGGUUUAUCGACGAUGACAGCACGUUUUCCAAAAAGUUGUUUGUGGCACGUAUUACACAAUGGCCGAUCACAGAGAAGCACCCUUUUGGUGAACUAGUGCAGGAACUUGGCAACGUUGGAGACUUGGCAGCAGAAGCUAAGGCACUUCUUGCUGAGAAUUGUAUCAACGACCAAGACUUCCCCAACGCCGCAUUGGGAUGUCUUCCAGCCACGCCAUGGCAUAUUCCAGCUGUGGAGUUCACCAAGCGUCGCGAUCUGAGAUUCCACAGAAUCUUUAGUAUCGAUCCAGAGACCGCAAAAGAUUUGGAUGAUGCCGUUCACGUCAUAGAUAAAGGAGAUGGGCAAUAUGAAGUGGGCGUACAUAUUGCGGAUGUUUCGUUCUUUAUCAAGAGCAGAAGUGCAUUGGACACCGAAGCUCGAUCUCGUGGAACAAGUACAUACUUGGUAGAUCGUGUAAUUCCUAUGCUUCCUUCAUUGCUUUGUGAACAACUCUGCAGUUUGAACCCUGGUGUGGAAAGACUCGCAUUCUCAGUUAUAUGGCAAAUGGAUGAAUUUGGCAACAUCCAGGAUACUUGGUUUGGACGUACUAUUAUCAGAUCAUGUGGCAAGCUCGCGUAUCAACAUGCACAAGAUGUAAUCGAAGGCAGACCCUUAUCGAGUAGUCUCAGAAUUCACGGACAUACGGCCGAAGAGGUUGAAAAGGAUAUUUUGAAUCUAUUCAGCAUUUCGAAACAUUUACGCAAGGCCAGAUUUGACAAUGGAGCUCUGAGUAUGAACUCUGUCAAAUUGUACUUUGAUUUGGACGACGAAGGAAAGCCUAUCGACUGCCAUUUGUAUGAGCAAAAAGAUGCUAAUAGACUUAUAGAAGAAUUCAUGUUGUGCGCCAAUAUCAGCGUAGCCAAGAAAAUAGCAAGCAAAUAUCCAGAUGAAGCAUUAUUACGUCGACAUGCUCCACCCAUCGAACGCCGCCUGGAGGAGUUUUUAAUGCAAGCAGAGAACCUUGGAUAUGUUCUAGAUGGCUCCAGUGCCGGUGCAUUGCAAGCCUCUUUCAAUGAGAUUGAAAGUCAGGAAGUGAAGGAGACACUGCUCAUUUUGGCCAUCAAACCUAUGCAACGUGCAAAAUACUUCUGCACUGGCUUACUUGAUAUUUCAAAAUAUGUGCACUAUGCCCUGAAUGUACCCAUGUAUACCCAUUUCACCUCCCCCAUUCGACGUUAUGCGGAUGUCAUUGUCCAUCGACAACUGGAAGCAGCGCUCAACGAUGUCGAGAAAUUCCCAUUGGAUUCAAAGGAAAUUGCCAGGAUUGCACAGCAGUGUAAUAUCAAGAAGGAUGGUGCAAAGAAUGCCCAGGAUGCCAGCAUUCAACUUUAUCUGGCAGAGUAUAUCCAUCGUCAAACUCAGCUUCAUGGGCCAAUGUACUGCGAAGCUACUGUAGUCGCUGUCCUGGAUUCUGCGUACGAGAUCUUCGUACCUGAGUAUGGAAUAGAAAAGCGCCUUCAUCUCGACAGAAUGGCUCUUAAAAAGUCUACGUACGAUCUCCCUAAUCAUACACUUAUCCUGACAUGGCAAACUGAUGCUAUCGAAAUGAACGAUACACAGCCAGAAAAGUCUGUAUUACGCUUUGACGACGAUGACUGUGGUGAUGAGGAUGAUCUUGUGAAAGCCGUGGAGUCUAAGCUAUCGAUGGAUGAAGACAAGACAACCUCAGAGACAACUUCAGAAAUGACUACUGAAAGCGACACUGCUCUGCCUCAGGGUGGCCCCGUGGACUCUGCCAAACCAAAUGACAAGAGGUCGACUGACAGUACAGCAGACAGCUCACCCUCAUCAGAUGGAAUCCAAGUUAUUAAAGUGUUCGAGAAGAUCAAGGUACGACUUGACGUUGACAUGAAUAAGACGCCACCCAUGGUCAAUGUUCAUUCUGUCAAUCCCCAUAUCUUGAUGUAAUCUAGAAGCAAUCUACCUUUGUAGUAGCAUCCAUGUCAUACCAUGAAACGCCAUUUCUUUACAGCCAAAUAUAAUCGCUAAAUACUUCUAAAU